GCUCUACUUGGCGCCAUGUGCGAAAGUGUUGACAGUUCAUAACAAGCGAAAGCUCGGAUAGUUCGUCAACAUGAGCAGGUUAACAACUGAUAUUACACUAGAAGAUAUUGACGACUGGUUCAAGAUAGGAAAGGAAGCAACACAGAAGAAGUCCACGAUACAGUCUGUGCCACGAAGCUUCACUGGAGGCCGGGACUACGACCCACGAACUGGAACUGUACAUGGAGUGCAACAAAAUGACUUUUCAAAGCAUCUUCCAACCUAUAAAAGGAAUGUGGCGGUGGACCAACACGAGUAUGCUGAGCGGAUCCAAGAGGAGGAGAAACAACAUCUCCUGCAGCAUUAUCAGCCCCUGCAGGUUGGGCCGAUGUCUCCUGGUGGGGAAGUGGUUGGGGGGAUGGAGCAGCUGGAACUAGACAGCACCGUGGCGGGGUCCGUGGGGAUGCCGGAGGACCUGGUGCCUCCUGGAGCCACUGAAGUCUACAACAACUACCACUUUGCCCACAACUAUGACAAGAAACUGCCCAUCACAAACCACAAGGAACAGCUGUUGAGCACUAUAGAGAGUAACCAGGUGACAGUGGUCCAGGGUUCCACCGGCUCUGGCAAGACCACGCAGGUGCCCCAGUACAUCCUGGAUCACUAUGCUCAGGAACACAAGCACUGCAACAUCAUCAUCACACAGCCUCGUCGUAUUGCCGCAGUCAGCGUGGCAAGGAGGGUAUGCUCCGAGAGGAACUGGACUCUUGGAACGAUCUGUGGAUACCAGAUUGGCCUGGACAACAAAACAUCGGAGGACACUCGCAUCACCUACUGUACAACUGGGGUACUGAGAGAGAAGUUGAUUAAGACGAAAAAUAUGCUGCAAUACACACACGUGAUCCUUGAUGAGGUUCACGAACGAGACCAGGAGUCGGAUUUUGCCCUGUUGAUUGUGCGGAAGUUGCUGCGUACCAACUCACAACAUGUCAAGGUCAUCCUGAUGUCGGCCACCAUAGACUCUGACCAGUUCGCCGAUUACUUUGCCCUGCCAGUCCGCGAUAGCCUGGAACCGGCGCCGGUGGUGAGUGUUGAGGGCCGAGUGUUCAGGGUGCUGGAGUUCUACGCUGAUGAUCUCACUCCGGCACUUGGACAGCUCCCUGAAUUCGAUGAGAGUAAGCCUGAAUUAAGUGAGGAGAUCGAGGACAUGGCUGUCAAACUCAUCUGUGAGUUUGACUCACUGGAACGCAAAGAGCAAGGGCUGGACAAAGACACAAACUUUUCCCCUGUCCGCGGAACCGUACUGUGCUUUCUGCCAGGUUAUGGUGAAAUCUCGGAUUUGUACGACAAACUGAGAGUACAUGAAGCAAAACACAACCUGAAAGUCAUCCCUCUACACUCCACCAUCACUCAGGACGAGCAGAUGAGGGUGUUUGAGCCAGCUCUCAAGGGGCAGCGGAAGGUGAUACUGUCCACCAACAUUGCUGAGUCAUCAAUAACUGUUCCAGAUAUCAAAUAUGUCAUCGACUUCUGCCUGACCAAGAACCUGGUGUGUGACCCCAUGACCAACUACACCCAUCUGAUAGUGGACUGGGCAGCCAAGGCCAACUGUACCCAAAGAAAAGGUCGAGCUGGUCGUGUUUCCAAUGGCCGCUGCUACUUCAUGGUGACCAAGACAUUCUUCAGCCAGUGUCUGCCUGAAUUUGGAAUACCAGAGAUGCAGCGCUGCCCACUAGAAUCUCUGGUUCUAAAGACAAAGAUAUUCAACAUGGGAGAGCCGAGACGUCUGCUGGGUCUUGCCCUGUCUAUUCCAAAACUGGACGAUAUUGAGAGGACUAUCCUCAACCUCAAGGAGGUGGGUGCUCUAGCCACAUCGUACAACGCACCAAACAGCCGGUAUGAUGGAGACCUGACUUUCAUCGGGAGGGUACUCGCGGACCUGCCAGUUGACAUACGUAUCGGGAAACUGCUUGUUCUUGGCCAUGUCUUCUGUCUUCUGGAAGAAUGUCUUAUCAUUGGGGCAGCACUCUCUCUCAAAAGUAUCUUUGCGAGACCUUUCAAGGCUAAACUGAAAGCUUUUGAGCACAAAUACAGCUGGGGAGCCUUUUCCUUGAGUGACUGCAUUGCGAUCCUGAACGCUUACAAGGUAUGGGAGAACAACAAGAAGCAUCAUGCCUUCAAGCGGACAGGAAUGACGGAGAGGAAAUGGGGAGAAUCUCACUUCAUUCAGAUCAGAAGGAUCAAUGAGGUGUCUGAGUUGAUCCGGGAACUAGAGCAGCGGCUGGAAAGGUUCAACAUCCAGAAGCCCGUCAGACAACCACAAUUCAAAGGGGACUACAACUCAUCCAAGGAGAGGCUGCUUCUCAAGCUUGUUCUGUGCGGGGCCUUCUACCCAAACUACUUCCUGCGGGGAGAAGUCGAUGAAGGGGAUGCUAUCAGGACACUGUCCAACCACGAUCCCAUGAACACUGUCGCAUUGAAGGGACUGCCGGCCAAUCAGGGCAUGCUGUACAAGGACAAACUGCAGCGUAUCUUCAGCGAUUGCAGUCGGGACCCGCCUCCCAUCAUCAACUUCGAGGAAACAAAGGCUUUCAUCCAGUUCCCAUGGAAGGGCAACACGCUGUGUGAAUCUCGGGUACACAAGGGCAUAUACAUGGCCAUCAAACUCAGGUUGUUGCGGAUACCCAUCGAGGUGGAGAUGUACACGCGGGAAGAUGCUAACAUCAUUGCCAGCAACCUGCACCGAGCUCAGGACAUGGUGGCAUCCCAGGGGCAGCUCCGUACCAACAGGCUAAAGGGGUCCACUCAGCAAAGCCUUGGUCAAGUUGUGGAGCCUCCCAGGCCCUCGGUGUCAGGAGUCCUGGUCAUGGUCACUGCGGUGGUGGAGUUCGGACACUUCUGGGCACAGUACUACACGGACUUGGCCAUGAAUCAGCUGAAACACGUGCAGGACCAGCUUAACAGCUCCACUGCCUUGAUACAAGUGACCGGGUUUCUGGCGCCAGGGAGUUACUGUGCUGCCAUCUACCAGGAUGAGUCCGUCGCCUUCUACCGGGGCAGGAUCGUGGAGGUCCGGGGAAACAUGGUGCAGGUGUUCUUUGUUGACUAUGGCAACACAGAGACGGUGUCUCGAGAUCACAUAAGAGCAUUGCCUUCCGAGCUGCUGGAAAUCCCCUUCCAGGCAUUUGAAUGCUACCUGGCUCACAUCCGGCCGUCAAGUCUGAGGUGUCCUGAUGGUGUGUGGAGCAAGGAGUCGACAACAUGGUUCACUAGAGAGUACGUCAACAAGAUUCUGUAUGCCCAGGUGUUUUCCGUGGAGAGGAAUGCCUUGAGGCUACAGUUAAUUGAGAAGACGUCAAACAAUCAGCAAGUUGUGGUCAAUGAAGAUGUGGUCAGAAAAGGCUUUGCAGAUGUUGCUGAGGAAUCAUUUCUGUCCAAGCAAAACCAUGACGACCGCUGUGCAGAAGCAAUGAGUAUGACAGUAUCUCCAGAUAGUGCAUUGUCGGGACAGAAGGAAGAAUGGAUGAAUGUAGAAAUGCCACGAGAAACAAGAGCUGCCCUCAAGGGUUCCCAGCGUAAGGUAAAGCUGAUAGGUCCUCACAGUCCUUUGGAGAUGAGCUUCCAUAACAUGACGUUUGUAGGCAGACUGAGAGGCUCAAGGAUAGAUCAGGACAGUAUCAACUCUGUAGCCAUAGACGACGAGCCACAGAACAGCCAUGCCCGUAUGAUGGUUGCAGCGUUUGUUGGUCUGAAUCCCCAAGCGUCCGUGAUGAUGGCAAGGGACACGACGAUCAUGCCGCUGAUACCCGGCCUACCAGCCCUCAUGUGUCUACUGUUUGCUCCAGUGGCAGAACUCAGGUGA